UAACAGUUUCAAUGUUCAUUUCCAUAAGUGAACUUGCAGCUGUGUUCAUACCUAAAUUUCCCGUUACGGGCCUGGUCAUUGCUUAUUUUUAAUUCCAUUGCCAGUGUGGCCUGUGAUUCCAAGCAGAUUAUAUAUUAUUUUGAAUCAUUCCAGGUUCCUAAACUAAUUUUAUAUCAGAAACAAUGGUUGUCAAAGUUUAUAUAAGUGGAAUAUCUGGUAAUAAGGAGGUUAAGAAGAGACAACAGAGGGUUCUACUGAUUCUUGAUUCCAAAAAUAUAAAAUAUGAUGUCGUUGAUAUCGCUGAACCAGGCAGUGAAGAACAAAAGGAUUUCAUGCAAAACAAUUCGACUUCUCUUGGAGCAACCAUUGGUGAUCCUAACCCCAGACAUCCACUACCUCCACAAAUUUUCAACGAUGAUAUUUACUGCGGGGAUUAUGAUCAAUUCGACAUGGCCAAUGAAAUAGACGAAAUGGAUAAAUUCUUGAAAUUGGAGACCUCAGGAGAUAACAGUAAACCCGAAACUGAACACAAAAUGGAAAAUGGCAAUGCAGAAAUUUCAUCAAAUAAAGAGAAACCUGAAGAAAAUGUGGAAAUAACAGAAAAUGAAGUGCCAAAUGGUGAGAGUGAAAUAGCUCAAGAAGAACAUCAAGAUAAUGAAACUGCUCAGGAAAGUUGAAUUAAAAUCAACUAACCCAAUUGAAAAAGUGUUCUCUUAAUUUCUUCUUUUGAAAACUUAUUUUUUUUUUUGAGAUUCAUCAUGACUGCACUGAUCUUUAUAUUCCGCUAUAUUUUUAUCUUUUCUUUGCCAUACUGCAAGACUUAUAUUUUUUGAUUGUAUAUAUCAGUGAGAGUAUUUAUGUUAUUAUGUUUGAAUUUUGAGGGUUGAGGUGAAGAAACUGCUUGGCUUUAAGAGAUUGUAAUUCUUAAUAUUAAAAAAGUUACUAGUUAUGUUAAUUUAUAUUCAUUUUCCUUGUAAAUAUUCAAUAUAGUUAUUUCACAAA